GGCUAAGUGAGUGACUAACAACAGCUUUCUAGAAAUGUUAAUCGUAAUACAGCUGGCUGUGUGAGUGUGAUAUGUGCGUUCUGAGCACGGCAGCUUCGGUCGCAUUUCAGAUGUAUUUUUGAAAGUGAACGCUGGAAAGUUGAGACAAAAAAAGUUGGGAAUUUAAUUUUAAUUAGUGAGCAGAAAAACUAACAGCUGUGUAAUGGACCAGACUAAACCCACUCAAAAUAUGUUAAGAAGAUAGCCUAGACGCCAACAUUUUCUUACUUUUUAAGAAUGUCUGGUGACAGUGCCUGGCGUAAGGGUUCAGGGGAACCUAGUUUUGCUCAAAUAUUGAAAAAGAAUAUUCCUCCAAAACCAUCACAACAAACACUAAACGUAACUUUUACACCACAGGGCGGAACUGCAGAAGAUUUGGACUCUGGUGUAUCCAGAGUAAUUCAAAUUUCAGGUCAAUUCCCAAAGUCACAAUUUGUUGAAUAUACGAAACCACUCACAAACACUGCACUACCACCAAAGAAAGUAUCCAGGGAAUUUAUUGAUAAAUAUAGACGUGGUGAGAUCAACCCAGUUUCAGCUUUGCAUCAGUAUGCACAAAUGUUGCGAAUGCAACUAAUUUUAAAAGAGACAGUAGCCACAGGUAAUGUUUUUGGACAAUAUUUUGCAUUCUGUGCUGUAGUUGAUGGGGUUGAAUAUAAAACCGGAAUGGGUCAAAACAAGAAGGAAGCAAAAGCUAAUGCUGCACAAUUAGCUCUUGAUGAACUUUUGGACACAGAACUAAGCAAAACUUCAACUACAGGUCCUGCACCAAUACCUGCUGAACGAAGAAUAAUACCUGCAUCAUGUUUGCCUUCAAGAAACCAACCAACAAAGUUAGGUUAUGAAGGAAGGAAUUCUUAUUAUAAAGCUGUUUCUGUAGCCUGCAGAGAUGUUUUCAGCAAGUUGACUGCUAACUUACCGGAGCUCCAGAAUUGUAGCAGCUCUUUAGCUGCUUUUGUAGUUGAAAGGUAUGGACAGCCUUAUGAAGUUGUUGCAAUUGGAACAGGAGAGAUGAACUGCAAUGAUCCUUUGUAUUCUGAAGGCCGAAUCGUGCAUGAUUCCCAUGCAGUAGUUACUGCAAGACGCUCGUUAUUGAGGUAUCUUUACAGGCACCUUCUUAUGUUCUACAACAAAAAUCCUGAUGUGGUAAACCAGUCUAUUUUUUGUAUCGACUCUGGAAGGAAAGUUAUUACUGUAAAGGAUCGUACUAACUUUCACCUUUAUCUGAAUCAACUGCCAAAAGGAGCUGCACAGAUAAAACAGUUGCAUCUGGCUCCUCACUCGAUAUCUACUUUUCAUACUAAUAAAGAGAUGGAACUUCACGUUAUUUUGGAUGGGAAGGUGUUUGCAAUUAGUCAUUGCAGUCCUGACAUAACUGCUUCUAGAGUGUGUAGCAUGUCGGCCAGUGAUAAGCUUACUCGUUGGGAAGUACUUGGAGUUCAGGGAGCUCUACUUAGUCACUUCAUUGAACCCAUCUAUAUCAACAGCAUUCUUAUUGGUGAUGCCAACUGCAUAGAUACACGUGGAGUAGAGGUUGCAAUUAAACAGCGUGUAGAUGACUCGCUGACUUCAAAGCUCCCAAAUUUCUACAUUGUCAGCAAACCACAAAUAUGUCUUACAGAAACUGCCUACCCCUGUCUAACAAAUUCUGUUCAUAAAACCCUCAGUCUGAACUGGUCUCAGUCAGAUUCUUUGGUAGAAGUGGUGAAUGGUACAACUGGAAGAAUCGCUGAAAGCUCACCAUUUAAAAGUGGUACCUCCAUGACCAGUCGCUUGUGCAAAGCUGCCAUGCUGAGUCGUUUCUAUCUUGUUGCAAAAGAAGCAAAUAGAGAAGAUUUAUCUACAGUUCCAACAUAUCAUGCAGCAAAGAUGAUGGCAAAGUCAUAUCAAGAAGCAAAGGUUUUGCUGAAAUCAUCGCUGGUACAUCAUGGUUUUGGUACCUGGCUGGUCAAGAAUCCAAAUGCUGAAGUAUUCCAAAUGCAAUGAGGAAAAAUACUAAGAAGAUCUUGAACUGUAAACUCAAUCACGCUCUGUUUGUAUUUUCACAUCUAAAGGCUGAUAUAUAUUAGUAUGGAUAGUAGGCAAAGUGCAAAUUAAACUUUGGAAUGUCUGUUGCUUUAAUUCAUUCUAGAUUACUGUUCCACCAUAGAAAUGUUUGUACCUAAAUAAAUCGCUUUAGAUUUGACUUUUUUAAAGAAAAAAAAACCCCUUCUUGGAUUCCUUGCUCAGUCAUCAGGUCUGCAAAAGCAGUGAGGUGACGAUUAGCAGUUUGUUACUGAAGUUUUUCUGUAAAGGAUCUAAGCUGAAAAAUAACAGCAUACUGGAUAACAUUGGCCAAAAUUCAAACUACCUUAUUGUGAAAUAGACAAUUCUUAUGUAAUAUUGUAUUUGGUUCAUUCGUAUAGCAUUGGAGUGGUUAGUGUUACACAGAAUGCUUUGAUUAUUUGACAAAAGAACCUUCUAAAUAUUUGCUUACCCUGCCUAAAUUAAAGCAAUUGGCAUUGUUUGCACCAGAGGCAAUUCCGUACUUGAAAAUGAGCAUGAUUGAAAAUGUGUAUGGUGCAAACUAGAUGUGAAGCUUAUGUCACAAAGUUAGACAUGAAGCUUAUUUUUUCCAUGAUUAUAGCAUAUAGGAAUAUAGUGCACAACUAUUUUGACCUCAGAAACCAGAAUAUACCAAGCUUCAAAAGUACACACAUGGUUACAUUUAUCCAAUUUGUGACUGUGUACACCAGGAAUCCAGUGGCAAGUUGGUGAUGCAUUCCUGUAGGGAAGUGCAUAGCUUUCACCAUUAUCAUUGUACAACAUACCAAAUCCUACUGGUAUAUUCAAUUUUGUAGAAUAUUGGAACAGCCCUUCACUUUUUAAAGAAGAAAAAAAAAAUUCUACCUUAUGCUAAUGUAUUUUAUUUGAUCCCCAGGCCAUUGAAAAAGAUAAUGAUUCCAGAAAUCAUCAUAUGAGAAUCCUAAUUCAUGAUUUGUUAGGUUGUUGGAACUGCUGUAACUUGUAUAUGUUGAGAUAUUUUCAGAAUUGAAAGCAGUAAAUCAAACUGGUUGAUGUAGAGCAUCUUAUACUAAUCUGAUGAAUCAGAUUUAACCCACUAUGUUAUGUUGUGUACAAUUAAAAUGUAUUGUUUAGAAUAUAAUGAGACAUGUCCAUGCAAUAUGGAGGCCAUUUAGUUUUUCUUCAUAUUUGUGACCUUAAUACAGACUCUAAGUGUUUGUUUAUAAGUGUGUUGUCGAGAUUUUGAUCCCUCAACUUGGCACUGAAUCAUCUUACCCAUCCAAUCUUCCUUCAAAAAUUCCUGUACAAGUCACCAUUUCCCUAUCUUCACAAGCACAGCUAGUCUGCAGUCAAGCCAUUACUGAUCUAGCUCUUGAUUACGAGUGAGUGGAAGUCAGCCCAGUAAUAAUUCUCGUGAACUUUUUAAAAAAAAAUACAUGCAGUUUUUGCCAUCCCUGCCUUUCUGACAGGUAGUCCAACUGAGAAAUUAAUUGGAUUGCUUGUCAUGAAAUUGAGCAUUAGAUUAUUUCUGCUAUCGAAUAUAGAUACAUAAUCUGAAGAUUUGCUUGAACCCAUGAUCUCAACUGUUCUACACUGUCAAAACUGCAGUGAAUGCAUGUACCAUUGCACACUACUAGAUCUUAGAGGGUGGGAAAUCAGUUAUCACACUAAAUUAGAUGGCAGUAGGAGGGAGAGGAGGAAAUCUACGCAGCCCACUUAUUGUAUCUAUGAAAAGAAUUCCAGGUUUAAGCAACCUUCCAUCUAUUUCACAUAGAUGGACUGUUUUUCAACUUAAAGCUAGUGUAAAAAUUACAACAGGCAAACAUCGGGCAGUAGUAAGCAAGCUGAUGUGUUGGCCAGAUUUCUAACUGUCAGUUGAAUUCUGUCUCUCUCUUUGUUCCCCAUUGUGAAAUUUCACCUCAAUUGAAGGUCAGGAAAAUCAGAAGAAACUUUACUUUUUGAUAGCACAGACCAAUAUACACAUUGGUGUCAGACAAAAAUUGGCUCUUCUGGAGUCCUAAUGUCUGCUCAGGAUUUGUUUUUAAAAAAAAACAGUUGCCCAUAGAUGCAUGCUUUUGAUUAGUGGAGAACCUAAUCCUAGGAACAAGAAACAAGAUAUUUGAAUUGUGAGGGAGAUGUAAUUGUUAUGUUUGAGCAUAAUAGAACUCUAAAACUAAAACUAAACACAGCAGGAUUGCACAAGUCUACAGGAAAAGAAUUGAGUUGUGAUCCGAAUGUCUUAAUGCUCUGUGGCUAAAUUAGUUCAAACACAAUUUUGAUAACCAUGAUGCCACAACAUCCAAUACUUGCGCCUGCAAGUUUAAUGCUGAAAUACAACAUCAAAGCUUGUGCAAUUGUCUUCAUGUUUUGGAUGAUAACUGGGGAUAUACUUGCAGAUCUUAUUUCCCAAAAAAUCUGACUGUCUGAAUCAGUAGUUCUUUUGGCAGUUUUGUACACUUGAAAGCAAAGACUGCAGCUGCAAGAUUAACAGAUACUGUGUGUACUGUCCUCUUAAUCGUUAUUGCCCACUUUCUCUUUCUUACUAUUUCUUUAGAAUUGAUUUAAAUAAAAAUCAAUCUUGCUCCCCAAACCCCACCCCAAAACAAAAAUAAGUCUUUGUCAGUUCUUUUCAAUGUUUUGUGCUUCAUAGGGCUCUGUAAGACACCUUCCAAAAAAAGUAUAAUUUUUGAACACUGGCCAUCAAGGAUUUUUUUUGAAAAGGCAAUUGAAAGUCUAGUGUGUAAAGAUGUGGUCACAUUGAUUAAACAACUAGAUUUAUCCUUGACACAUUGGAUGCAUUUUUCAAUCAGGUGUAGUUGCCACUGGGUCACUAAAUUCAGUAGUAACCUGCAGAGUCCUGACCGUUUGUAUAAAUAAAUAGUCACUACAAGACAGUAUUGAAAUAGUAAAUAUUGAAGAGAAAUAAAAUUAAGCAACAUUAGGAUUGGGGGUUGUAAGCAGAAAUUCAAAUGUAAAUCUUUAAUUUUUUGUUACAUAGAUUUUCUGUUAAGCAAAGAUGUUUCUAACAUUUGAACUCUUCAUUACUGUAAGACUAUGGUUUGUUUUAGUCAUAGUCACUGAAUUUAUUAAAGGUGCUUGAGGUCUAACAUGAGCUACUUUGCAGUAACUCCGUUAAAUUCACAAAUACAAUUUUGUGAGCCUUUAAAAUGUGCAAGAAGCACUUCUGUAAAUUUAUCAGAUUUGUCAUGAGUGACAAAAAUAAUUAUGCCCUCUUAUUGUCCUACCUCGGAGAGGAGGGCGAUAUGGUAAUUGGAGGAGUUUGUUUAUUCUAGUAAUUUGUUAAUGUUUGUUUUGUUAGUUUCAAAAAUAAACAGUUGACAACA